AUAAGUAGUCAACACUCACACGUGGAAGUUGCCCCUAUUUAGAGGCAUGCCAGGGUGUUGUGCUAGAAAAUGACAUAACCCCUUACUAUUCACCCAACCUCAGCAUCGUUACGCCAGCUUGCAACUAGAUCCUAACCGACAACUUCAUAUCAGAGCUGUUAUGGUGUACAGAAUAGGCGGAUACGUGUUUACUCCUGAGCUCGUACGCGUCUGUUCCAGAAAAUGGGAGUUGAGCACGAGCAUCUAGCCGAAUCAUCUCUUUGCACCGCACUCAGACAAUGGUUUGUUGAGCGAGGGAUAAAUAAUGUAGUACCUGUCCCCACUGGCUAUCCCGGCAGGUGCGGGAAACAUGUUGUUGUCAUGGUGCGAAGGGAGAGAGAGGAUCCCCAUUCUACUCCGUUCAACUUUUCCGUUUUUCCGGAGGAAACUAGAGACCGCCAGUGGAAGGAGCAGAUCAUGGCAGAGAGUGGAUUGACUGACGAGCAGAUUCCGUGGGCUACUAUCGCGGACCCGUAUUUCCAAGAAAGUUGGUUCACAGAAGAUGUAAGUUAGUAAUGUCGUCGUUCUUGUGAUGAGCAUUAGCUUGCUUGGUCGUACUACUCUGUACAUCUUGAC